AUGACAAGCCUGUUUAGUCUCAGAGAGAAGCUGUUAGUAGAGGGCCUCGUCCUGCUACUCCUCAAGGUGGAGCACAGUCGGUGCAGUGUUACAGAUGUGGAGAAGCCCACAUGGUUAGAGAUUGUCCCAUCCAAGGAAUUUCAACCACUUUCCUUCAACAUAGCUAAUUUCAACGAUACUGAAAGCGCAAGCUUCGUUGGAUACACAGGCGUAACAAAGAUUGAGAACGGAACCCUAGUUCUCAACUCACUCGUCAACGACGGAGUGGGACGAGCCAUCUAUGCCCAACCUCUGCAUCUCAAAAACUCUUCUAAUGGAAAUGUCACUCACUUUUCUACUCGUUUUUCGUUCACUAUCGACGUGUCCACAAAAUCCUACGGUGACGGUUUUGCCUUCUACGUGGCACCUCUUGCAUACCCUAUUCCGCCGGAUGCAGGUGGUGGUCUUCUUGGCCUAUACGGUGACACGCAAAACAUCAUUGCCGUCGAAUUUGACACUUACCUGAACGAAUAUGGUCCGCAUAUGUACCACGUGGGGAUCAACAACAACUCCAAGGUGUCCCUUGCUACUUCCUGGUUUGAUAUUGAGAGAAACAUAGGGAACAUGGUGCAUGUGUUAAUUACUUACAAUGCUUCAGCAAAACUCCUUUCUGUUCCUCUCUUUCCUGCUGUUCUUAAUUAUAUAGAAAUCUGA